AUGUUUGAGAACGCGUCAAAAAGCCGCUCGAGACUGAAAGAGUUGCUGCUGCUGCUUGGUCUUGUCCGCUCUGUCUGGGGCAACACACAGGCAUCGGCCAUUGAUCGGUGUCCGGAUUAUGUCGCCAAUCACGCGCCGUUAGUAUGGCUACACUCGGAAGAUCGCUUCAUGCCCAGUGAUCUGGCGGCUCAUGUCUCCAACACAAUCCCUAAAAUUGACGGGGAGCCAAUCAGCGGGCCUUCUAUCGACUUGGAGAACCUCGCGGAGCUUAACAGCCACGGUGGCGAAGACGUUGCUCUCACUUCCAAGGAAGACCCUUUGACGUAUCCGCCAUGGAUACUAGGUGAAGCGCCAGAUGCAAGCGGUCGGAUACACGAUUCUAUACCGUGUGCUGUCAUUCUAGUAGAAAAGAGCGACGUGGACAUUGAUGCGUUCUACUUUUAUUUCUACUCGUACAACGAGGGCCCCAACAUCACUCAAGUCCUGGAACCGAUUGACUGGUUCGUUGGGGGCAAGGAAUUGGCAGCAGGGUUGCAUUUUGGGAAUCACGUUGGAGACUGGGAGCACAAUAUGGUCAGGUUCCACAAUGGCACUCCUAUCGGCGUCUAUUACAGCCAGCACGUCGAUGGCAUGGGCUACAAGUGGGAUGAUUCGAAGAUUAACAUAACCAACGGACGACCAAUCUCAUACAGUGCUCUUGGCUCUCAUGCCAACUACGCUGAAUCAGGCAUGCAAGUACACAACGCAGCCUUGUUCGAUUACUGUGACGAGGGCAAGAUUUGGGAUCCCGUUCAAUCAGCCUACUUCUACCGCUUCAACCCCAAGACUUUCUCCAUCACACCAAUAAUAUCGCCGUUUCAGCCAUCUACAACUGAGCCUGCACAGAACCUCACUUCGUGGUUCGACUAUCUCGGACACUGGGGAGAUAUCAAAUAUCCAGACUCGGAUGCGCGCCAAGAAACCGUACCGCAUUUCGGUCUCAAGCGUUUCAACUCUGGACCUAAUGGGCCGCGCUACAAACAUCUUGUUCGCAAAGGCCUUGUGCGCGACAAUGCGCGAAAGAUGGUUUUUAAGGAGUGGGUGGUUGGUGUUUUCAUGGCGUGGUAUCCGUGCUGCAUCAAAGGAUGGAGGUUAUGGAGAUCACUGGGGAUUAUGGCUGUGGUUAUGUCGGGAUUUGUCCUCGCGAUCAUAUUUGGAAUCCGAAGAUAUAAGGCUUGGCGGCAACGGACGGCGUAUAGUAGGCUGAAGGGGGAGGAUAUCCCCAUGGAGGAGUUAAGAAGGGACGAGGAGUUUUUGUUAGCAUCAGAUGACGAGGAAGACGAGGAAGACGAGGACGAAGAUAGUGAUAGACGAUAG